CGAAACGCGCGUGUGAUUAUCGCAAGCGAACGUACCGAUAGUUGGUAGGUUAGUAUAGUUGACGAGUAAUCGACCGUGCUCCAUGCGCGAAUCUCGAAAGAUCGUCGCGCGUUCGAAGCGCAGUCUCGCGAGUACGUGUCUCGAUCGCAGAAAAUAAUAAUAAUAAUAAUAAUAAUAAUAAAAAAAAAGUAAAAAGAAUAGUUUGCACGCGUAUGUACGUACACAUUGUUGCAGAAAAGAAAAGAAAAGAAAAGAAGAAAAAAGGAAAAGGAAAAAGAAGGAAGAAGAAGAAGAUCGCAACAAAAAAAUAUAGUUGAAAAUAUAUAUAUAUUAUAUAUAUUAUUAACCAUGUUAUACUUGGGACUCUCGAGUAAUGUUUAUCGAAGAAAAUGUUACGUCGUUGUGCGGAGCCGUGCCUGUGUAUCGUAGCCCGCCAUGUUCCACGAGAAAGCAGCGGUUCAACGUUACGUUACGAGUUAAAACGUUCUAUAAAUAACUGUAAAUAAGUUGAAACACGAGAAAGUAUGAGGCAGUGUCUGGCAGAAGGGAGGAGGAGGAGGAGGAGACAAUCCGAGCUCACCGAGAUAAGAAUCGACGAUAAAGGUCGAGGAAUAAAAUGGGGGGAGGGGAGAGGGGGAGUGAGAGGGAGUGGGAGAAAAAAAGGAAGAGAAAUUAAUUUUUUCUUUUUUUCCCCUCGUUCGAAACGCGUCAACGUGACGGAACUGAAUAAAUAAACGAUACUCGAAGAGGAGAGUAGCGGUAUCGAAACCGAAACAUCACAUUUCGUUUGGUGACUCCCCGUAGGUUCUUGCCAUUUAAUUCGUCCUCACGAGUGAUGUCCUCCUUCGUUCGCCUAGAGAGAGAGAAAAAAAGAAAAAAAGAAAAAAAGAAAGAAAGAAAGAAAGAAAGAAAAAAUAUGGAAAAUAUGCGAAUCGACGAAGGAAGAUCAGAUCGGCGGGGACGACGACAAGCAGUCAAUUAUCACGGGAAGAAAAAAAUCGUUAUACGUGUAAUUACGACAAUACCGUGCCACGAGAGGAUCCACGAUAAAAAAGAAAAGAAAAGAAAAGAAAUGAAAAAAAAAAAUGUCGUUUAUCGUCGUUCCUCGGCGUCGCGAAAAUUUCCUUUCCUACUUCUUUUCCUUCGUCUACUUCUUUUCCACUGUUCUUGAUGAUGCAAGAUCGAGAAGAUCAGUCUGGAUCAGUCGUUGCAACGAUCUCCCUCUUCCUUUAUCCUCCGAUGGAUGGACGGAACGAAGGUCGAGGGAUUAUUUUUUUUUUUUUUCUUUCUUUCAUCAUAAAAACCGCUACAUGCUGCUAGUCAAAAUUACGAUACGCGUAUACUCGAACGAACGGAGAAUUCUGAGGCAAGAUACAGAUCUCGAAUCGCAAGAAUCGCACAGAAGAGAACAAUCGAUCCGAAGAUUUUUCUUCUCGAUCAUCUCCUCUAGUUUUUUUCCUCGAUGUCGUUCCCCGUGGCCGAGUUACUCGGACAGCGAGGCGCGAUUAUUUCUCCCGCGACUCUUUUUAUCGUAUGUUUCAAUUUCUUUUCGUACAAGUGGAAAGCCGACUAACAGAGUAACAUUAAUUUAACACCAGUCAUUAUUAUAAUAUAAUUAUUAAUUAUUAUUACUUAUUUACGCUCUAUCAUUACGUACAUUCACGCAAUAAUUGUAUUGCCGCAAUAUACCGGUAAAAUACCGGUAAUAUGCUCUUAUAGUUGUAAACGAUAAUAAAUCAUAUUCGCAGCGUAAUCCCGAAUAAUCCCGAUCCUCUUUCGAUUUCAGCAGAAGAGCGUUAUUUAUAUUUGAAACAGAGGAAAGGAAUGAGCUUUGACCCACUUUUUUCUCCAUUUCUUGUUUCCUGAUAGAACAUGCUCGUUAUUACUUUUCUUAAAUACUUCAGCGAUGAAAAAGUAGAAUGAUCGCGUGAACGGGUGAAAAUUGAUGCGAAAUGCAGUAAAAACUUUACUUAGUUUCCACGUUCAACUUGUAAAUAUCGUGGAUGUAAAAUUACUCGAGAAUGAAAGUGAAAACCAGUUCCCCCCCCCCCCAAAAAAAAAAACGAGAGAAAAAAAAUAGCCCGAUUCCAUUCCGUAACCUCGUAUUUUCCAUUCGAAGAGAAACAUUGAAGAGGGAUUAAACAAGGUAAGUAAGAGAAUUACCGACUCCUCCGAUUACCGUUAACAAAUUAGAAUGGAAUGGAGCUGCGUCGCAAAUAAAAAUGUUGGAAUAUUUCCUCUCGACCGGAUUCCUCUCGAUCGAUUGAAUCGAGAUUCGUUCGACGCGUUCGACCGAUAAACCACUUCGACUUCGAACGAAUUCGAAAAAAAUAAUAAAAUAUCAUCAUCGAGAGAAUGAAUUACGAAAGAAUUAGAACUAUAAAUCGUACGUAGAUAUUUUUUAAUCACAAAGGGUAGAUCAGAGUAGAAUUUACUUAUUCCACUAACCUCAGGACCUUGUUCUAUCCACCAUCACCACAGGCUAUAAAUGUUCCCACGAGGUAUUGAAUACCACGCACAGAAAUCCCGUAAGUCAAGCCCGUGGGGCAGGUCCAGUGAAAUUGUCGUUUUUCGCGUACGAGCAGCGGAGUCGGAAAGACUGGUUCGCACCACGGGAUUAGUCAACGAGAAGACGCCGUGACGAUCGUACAUCCCGGGCCUGAUUCAGGCCGACCAUGGCUCAGGUCGACUUGAAGUCGAUUUUCCGCCUUGUGUUCGGUUUAUCGGUGAUCAUCAUUGCCACCGCUCGGCCACAGCGCGCCAAUUUCGAAUUUUUGCCCGUGGGGGAGUACAAUUGCUCGUCCUUGAAUAAGAACGAUUGGCCCUUCGAUAAGGAGAAUCGUGAAGCAAGAUUUACGGUAGAGGAUCUUAUCGUGUACAACGAGCCGAAGAACGUCAAUUUAACAAUCGAUAAUGAAAUCAGAGGAUUUUCUUUCUCGAACAUCGUCGAUUCUGUAUUUUCCGUGAUGGCUAACGGGCUCGAUUCCAUCGUGACUAGUAUCAUCGGCACGGAGAAAAGUGCCAAGCCCAAACCCAACAGAGUGAAUUACAAAAAUUAUCAAUUGAUCAGAUUGUUCCCUAGUUCCCAAGGACACGUGAACGAGUUAAAGGAGUUGAAGGAGGCCGAAACUGAGGAUAUUAAAUUCUGGAGCGAACCGAUGUACAACAAAACAACCGACGUGGUCGUCGCUCCAGAUCUCGUCUCCGAAUUGAAAAUGUUCCUUAGAGAUAAAGGAAUCGAUUUCAAAGUUUUGAUAACGAAUAUUCAGAAAACGAUAGCGAGUCAAAAUCCGAAAAUGUCGAAGGAACAACGCGAUGAUCUCGUCUCGAGCCAGGGACACAGCAUGACUUGGAAACGAUAUCAUCGAUAUGGAGAGAUCGUCAAGUACAUGGAGUAUCUAACUCUAAAGUAUCCUAAACUAGUCGAAGUGAUAACGAUAGGUCACAGUUACGAGGGUCAACCCAUUAAAAUGGUGAAAAUUUCGAACGGGCGAAACAAAAAGAAUGGAUCCAAAUCGGCUGUCUGGAUAGACGCUGGUAUGCACGCGCGCGAAUGGAUCGGUUCCGCUGUGGCGACCUACAUCAUCAGCCAGUUAGUCGAGAAGAACACGAGCUACGCUAAAUUGCUGGAGAAUUCAGACUGGAUGAUCUUACCUGUCGCGAAUCCGGACGGCUACGAGUACAGUCACACGAGUGACAGAUUGUGGAGAAAGACGAGGAGCAAUCACGAGGAGAAUCAAGACGACAGUCGAUACUCAGAUUAUAGCUUCCUUCAACUGUUGACCCAUUACACGAAGUGGUUGUGGGGUAAGUGCGAGGGCGUCGAUCCGAACAGGAAUUUUGGAUACCAUUGGGGCGAGGUGAAAGAGGGUGGGGCCAGUCUGGACCCUUGCCACGAAACUUACGCCGGUCCACGAGCCUUCUCCGAACCGGAAACCAAGGCGAUGGCCGAUUACAUUUUGGCCAAUAAAAAGGACAUCAGGGUUUAUCUGACGUUGCACUCUUAUUCGCAAAUGUGGCUCGUACCGUGGGGAUACACGUAUUCGAAACCGUCCGAUUAUUCGGAAUUGAUGAACGUGGCUAAGAAAGGAAUAGGGGCGAUCUCGAAGAUACACGGGACCGAUUAUCAACUCGGCCCAUCAGCCGAUUUGUUAUAUCCAACCUCAGGUGCUUCCGACGACUGGGCCAAAGGUGUAGCCGGUAUAAAAUACGCUUACACGUUGGAACUUCGAGAUCGAGGAACAUACGGAUUCUUGCUUCCAGCAUCGCAAAUCGUGCCCACUGCUCGUGAAAUUUGGGCAGGGAUAAGAACGAUCGCUCGUUUAGUAACUUGCUGAGAUCCGCGAAUAGCACUGAUCUCUGAUUUACUGA